AGAUCUCCCCACGAUUGUCCCCCGUGUCCCCUGGUGCUGCCUCCACCCCCCCCCCCGGGGGUGGCAGCAGCCCCCACAGCCCCUCCCCGGCACAGGGGGAUGCCGGCGGGCGGGGGGCUGCUCUGCGGGGCCAGCGGCCUGGCCCUGCUCCUGGCCGCCACCACCCACUUCUGGCUGCAGCGCCGGGCGCCCGGUGGCACCGCCAGCCUCGGGCUGUGGCGAACCUGCCUCGGGGGGCACUGCCGCCCCCACCCCGGCACCCCGGCCUUAUGGGAGGCCACACGGGUGCUGAUGCUGCUCUCGGUGCUCACUGCCACCACCGGCCUCGCUCUGGAGCUCUCCAUCGUGGCCAGUGCUGCCCGGCGGGCGCGUGCCCGCGUGGCCGGUGUCACCCUGCUCCUGGCUGGUCUGCUGGCACUGCUGGGGCUGGGAGUGUACACGGCUGGCACGCUGAGCCUCCUGGGGCCAGCCCGCACCGCCUGGCGCUUCUCCUGGUCCUACAUCCUGGGCUGGGUCGCUGUCGUCCUCAUCGGCUCAGCAGGUAGCAGCACCCGCAGGGCCUGGUCACUGCUGUGCUGAGCUGUGCCCGGUCUCUGCAGGGCUGAGCUGGGGCCGGCCACAUGCCGAGAG